GAGGGAAGUUUAACUGAUAUCCCAGAAACUUCAGAAGAAAUGGAAAAAAGCAACAAUGCUAUUUCAAGUAAGCGAGAGAUACUGCGUAGGCUAAAUGAAAAUCUUAAAGCUCAAGAGGAUGAAAAGGAAAACCAUAAUCACUCUGAUUCUUGUGAUACCAUUGGUCACAAAGAUGUCAAAGAGUGUGAGAACGAAAAUGCUGUUUCCUCCGAUCGCAAGAAGUGGGAGAUUGGAGGUCGGCUUGUGAUUCCUCUGGGUGAAGUGACACUGGACACUCCCUGCUCUGCAACUGAAAGUAUGUAUGAACGUG